AUGACCUCACCAGCGGAGCUCCAAGACAGUCAGAUGAAUGCACCAGCGGUGAUCAGCAGUACCUCCGAGACCUGCUCGCAAAAGGAAAUGAAUGGCGAGGAACACGCGUCUCUUGAUCGUGGCGGCGGGAGAGUUUCCUACGAAGUAGUGGAGUACCUCCUCAAAGAAGCUCCAGAGUUUCGGCGACUAUCAGAGCUCAGAGAAAAGGCCUGGAGAAACCCUGCAGGCGACAAAUUCUUCGAGAAGCAGCGAAACACAGCCGAUAACGCCGACAAAAAAACAGCCAGGAUUUUCUUCAACAUGAUGAGGGACAUGGCCACGCAUAUCAAUCACCUCACUGGCGUCUUCCAGAUCAACACCGACAGCGCUGGUCCGGAUAAUAAGAAAGCCAUCCUCGACAUCAUUGCGCCUCAAUCCCGGGCUCGAGCUGUCGGAUUCAGCCUACCGACGGAAAAGGGUGGACAUAAAGUCCUCUUGCAGCACCCUCGAAAUGUUACUCUGAAGUUCCUCGAUAUAACCAUGCUGGCUGCAGAUAUGGGAGUGGCGGUGACAGAUAUCCCGGCCGAGCACCCAGACGCUGCAAACUUACUGCCGAGACAGUUCAAACCAGAGGAUCAAUUCGACCUUGUGCUGUGUGAUGGUCAAGUUCUGAGAACCCACGACCGCGCAGACUAUCGCGAGAAGAGAGAAGCAACCCGGCUGAGCCUCACACAGCUAGCGCUGGGUCUUGGACAUCUGAAGGCUGGAGGGUCAAUGAUUGUUCUCUUGCACAAGGUCGAGGCGCUGGAUUCCCUAAAUCUUUUGUACACGUUUGACAAGUUUGCGACCGUCCGCUUGUAUAAGCACCCAAAGACUCACGCCAAAAGGUCUUCAUUCUAUAUGCUUGCUACGAAUAUCAGGGCUGAUUCCGAUGCGGCGGCUACAGCUGUUGAGAGGUGGAGGAGGAUGUGGAAAAAGGUCUGGGACAUUCAAGCCAAUGCUUUGGAAAAAGCGCCUUUUAUGGAACGGAAUAUACAGGGGACUGUGUGA